AUGGUGAACACCAAUAAGACCAAGAAGAAAAAGUUUGAAGAUUUGGAAGAGGUUGGAAUUCAGAUAGACCAUGAGACAGAUGAAGAUGAUGAUGAUGAUGAUGAUGAUGAUGAAGAAGAGGAUGAUGAGAGACAACCCGCGAAGAAGGGAAAGCAACAGAAUAACAGAAACCUGCGCAAAGUAUCUGAGGAUGAAGAAGAUAGUUCAGAAGAACCUACCAAACCUAAACCAAGGAAUAAUAGGAGACUCCCAGUUCAGAGCAGAAGUAAACAGAAAAACAAGAAUAGAGACUACGAAAGUGAAGAAGAUGAUGAUGAAGAGGAAGAGGAAAGAAAGAACAGGGCAGUUAAGAAUUCAAGGAUAAAAGCAAGAAACAAAAAGAAUAAUAGAACAGAGGAAAGUGAUGAUGACAAUGAACUAGAAGGAAGAAGUACAAAAGCUAAAAGGAACCCAGCCCGCAACAAUAACAGCAACAAUGUGAACAAGAAGCAGAAAGAUGAAGAUAAUAAGGCAAAACAAAGAAAUAAAAAUGGUGACAAGAAGGGUGAAAAGAGCAAUGGAAGAAAGAAAGGCAAAAGCUCCAGCUCAUCAUCAGAUUCAUCAGACAGUGAAGAUUCUCUGUCAGAGGGAGAGCUUGCUAAGGUUUUGGAAGAAGUGGAAGAGAAAAAGAAACUAAUAGCAACUAUACGGAACAAAGCCUGGCGCAUGGAAAGAAAACUUACAAUGUUGAAAGAAUCUCAAGCAUUUGUAGAGAAAUAUGAAGGCGCUCUGGGUAAGGGGAAAGGUAGAAAGUUUUAUGCCUACAAAGUGAUGAUGAUGAAGAAAUGGAUCAAAUUUAAAAGGGACUUUGAAAAUUUUAAGACUUCAUGCAUACCAUGGGAGAUGAAAAUAAAAGAAAUUGAGAGUCAUUUUGGUUCUUCGGUAGCUUCAUACUUUAUUUUCUUACGUUGGCUCUAUGGGAUCAACUUGGUUCUUUUUGGUUUAACAUUUGGACUGGUUGUUAUUCCAGAGGUGUUGAUGGGCCUACCAUAUGGCAGUAUUCCUCGGAAGACCGUUCCAAGGGCAGAACAGCCAACUGCUAUGGAUUUUUCAGUACUUUGGGAGUUUGGGGGUUAUAUAAAAUAUUCAGCUCUUUUCUAUGGAUACUACAAUAAUCAACGAAUGAUUGGUGUGUUCAAGUACAGAUUACCCUUGUCUUAUUUCAUGGUUGGCGUGGGUUCCUUCGGAUACAGCCUCAUGGUUGUGAUCAGAACAAUGGCACGGAAUGCAGAUGAAAGUGGAGUUGAUGGAGAUGAUGGGGAUUUCAACUUCAGUUGGAAGAUGUUUACUAGUUGGGAUUAUCUAAUUGGAAAUCCUGAAACAGCUGACAACAAGUUUGCAUCCAUUACAACCAGUUUUAAGGAAUCCAUUGUGGAUGAAGAGGAAAACCAAAAAGAUGAAAAUGUUCACCUCAGGAGAUUUUUAAUUGUUUUGGCAAACUUUCUUAUAUUUUGUUGUCUUGCCGGAAGUGGGUAUCUAAUUUUUUAUGUUGUGAGGAAAUCCCAGACUUACUCAAAACUGGAUUACUUAACCUGGUAUCAGAAAAAUGAAAUUGACAUAGUUAUGGCAUUGUUGGGAAUGUUUGUUCCUCCAUUAUUUGAAACAAUUGCUACUCUGGAAAAUUACCAUCCACGUAUUGCACUGAAAUGGCAGCUGUGGCGAAUGUUUGCCCUGUUCCUUGGUAACCUGUACACAUUUCUGCUGGCUCUUAUCGAUCAAGUUAAUGUGCAGUUGGCAGAGGAAGAAAGUAUAAAAAAUAAGACUUUAGCCAUGAUGAAUUCCUUCAAUUUAACAUCCGAUAAUUCAACCACUGGGAAUAUUCCACAAAUAGAUCCUGCAGAUUUUCCCCGCGGGCCAUGCUGGGAGACUGGUGUGGGAAUGGAAUUUACAAAGCUUACUGUGUCUGACAUUCUCGUAACUUAUGGCAGUAUAUUUGUUGGAGAUUUCCUACGUGCCCUAUUUGUCAGAUUCGUUAACUACUGCUGGUGCUGGGAUCUGGAGUAUGGAUUUCCUUCAUAUACCGAAUUUGACAUCAGUGGAAAUGUUCUAGGACUUAUCUUCAAUCAAGGAAUGAUAUGGAUGGGCACCUUCUAUUCUCCCGGCUUAAUUGGCAUCAAUAUUCUACGGCUGUUGACAUCUAUGUACUUUCAGGGCUGGGCUGUUAUGUGUUGCAAUGUCCCUCAGUCAAGAGUUUUCAAAGCAUCGGGAUCUAAUAAUUUCUACAUGUCAUUAUUACUGUUGAUUUUGUUCCUAAGCUUAUUACCAGUAGUCUACACCAUAAUGACAUUUACGCCCUCAUUUGAUUGUGGACCAUUCAGUGGGAAAGCUAAAAUGUUUGAGGUCAUCAUGGAAACAAUUGAGUAUGAUUUUCCAGCAUUUAUUGGAAAACUCUUCAGUUACGCUUCAAAUCCAGGGCUGAUUCUUCCUGGGAUCUUACUUAUGGUUUUAGGCAUAUACUACCUUAAUGCUACCUCAAAAACAUACAAAGCAGCAAAUCUGGAGCUAAAAAAGAAGAUGCAAAUGCAACGUGAAGAGCAAAAGAAUAGAAGGAACAAUAAAAAUACCGUCAAUCCAAUGUUGCAAGAUUUAGAAGAUCUUUUACCAAAGAGAACAAAUCCUAGCAAACUUGAAGCAGGGCCAGACACAGGUAAAAAAGCAGUUGAGAAACAGCACCCUUCCACCAAUGGAAAACUUGGAAAGGAAAUGACACUGGCACCGCCACCUCCGCGAAUGGUAGUAACAAAAGCACCUAACCCAAGACAAGCUCCACACCCACCAGGACAACUGAGACCUGGGGCACCAGGUCCACGUCACCAAGGGCCUCGUCCUGGGCAGCCAAGACAUUAAAAAGUGCAAAACACAAAAAUACAACUGCAGAUGCUGUGGAUCAAGGAAUAUGUACACAACGCUGGCAGGACUCUGCACCUGAUGAAGGGUCUCGGCCCGAAAUGUUGGCUACUCUUUUCUCACGGAUGCUGCCUGACCUGCUGAGUUCUUCCAGCAUUGUGUACAUUAAAAAGUGUGAGGCUUUUCUCUAUUUCUCCAAUAUACUUUGAGCGAUCUUGAUGAGACUGCAGUCAAACAUAUCUAAAUCAGGUUUAUUAUGACUGACACAUGUCAGUGGUAAUAAUACAGUGAUACUAUUAACGUCUGGAUUGAUAAUGAAAUACAUCAUUCCAGGCAAGUUUUUAAUGAACCCUGAAAUUAUUUCUCCCUUCAUUAGUAAACUUGCCUUUUUAAUAUAAAAAACAAAUGUAUUUUAACGAUAAUAGAUCAAGCUGAAUAGAUUCUUAUAAUUAUUUAGCUACUAGUUUCCAAGCAAGUUUAAUAUUAAAAUAAUUGAGAUGAAAUUCAUUCUUGGUCACAUGCUAAAUAUUCGAUUUGUGAGUGUAUGCAAUCUUUGUUGCAUUUCUUUAAUAAGGAGCAGACAUUUCAAUGUGGGUAUUUUUUUAAACCAUCUGAACAUUUACUAUAAACGCAAAAGAUUUUGCAGAUGCUGGAAAUCCAGAGCAACACAGACAAAAUUCUCGAGGAACUCAGCAGGUCAGGCAGCGUCAAUGGAGAGGAAUAAACGGUUGGCGUUUCAGGCUGUGAACCUUCAUCAGGAUUGGAAAGGAACAGACUGGAAUGUGGGGAGAGGGUAAGUAUGAGCUGUUACAGAAGCUGGGUGGGUUCUUCCCCCUUCCUUUCCAAUCUUGAAAGUCUCAACCAGAAAUGUUAACUGUUUAUGCCUGUCAGCGGUUAUUAUGUAACUGUUUUGUUAAUGAUUUGCUAUGUAACUAAAAAUUUAAGUUAAAAAAACAUUUAUAUAAGAGUUUAAGGAACAUUUAGAAUGAAGAAUUCAGGGCUCAGUCAAAUUUUAUAUUAGUUACUUAUAUUUGAUGUAAAGUCUGUUCCAUCAGGUUUUAAAAUGGUUUAUAAUUAUAAUUACUUAAGAAAAGACUACCUGAAAUUAUUUUACUGUAACAUCCUUGGAGGUCUUAAGGAAUUGGAUGUGGAAAGUGUGAUUCAUUUUAUGGGAGAAUCUAGAACCAGGUUUCUCAUUUAAAAAGAAAUAGGAAUUUUCUCAUUAUAACAGAAGUAGGGUGAAAUCUUUUCUCUCAGAGGGUUGGAGUCUUUGGACUCUUUUCUAAGGAGUGUUGUUGGAAAAAUGUUUGAAUACUUUUAAAACAGGUUACUGCAGGUAUAUGGAAUACAGAGAGGAACAUAGAAUUAGAUUAUUUGUAAUAAUAGUAAAUG